UGUUAUGCAGUCACAAAGGCAUAUCGAUCAUCUCGGCCUAUCGGGCAAACUCCAAGGGGCAUCAAGUCGCAUAUUGUAUGACAUACCCUGUAAAGUCUGCCAGGAUCACUCUUCGGGAAAACACUACGGAAUAUUUGCUUGCGACGGGUGUGCUGGCUUUUUCAAGAGGUCGAUAAGAAGGAACAGGCAGUACGUCUGUAAGGUCAAAGGGGAAGGCGGAUGCCUGGUAGACAAAACCCACAGGAACCAGUGCCGGGCCUGCAGGCUGACGAAAUGUCUAGAAGCGGGGAUGAACAGAGAUGCGGUUCAGCACGAACGAGGACCGAGGAAUUCGACGCUGAGACGUCAGAUGUGCCUUCUUGUGAAAGAGGAGGCGGGCCCUUCUACUCCGUCCAUGGAUUUGUCCGCCCCCAAUGCCUCGCCGCCCCAUUUCAGCCCAUUUUACACGCCCCAGAUUGGCGAAGUCUUGAGCAACCCCGAGGCGAUCUGCGAAUCAGCUGCAAGACUGCUUUUCAUGAAUGUGAGAUGGGCGAAGAACGUGCCUGCCUUCACGGGACUCAACAUGAAAGACCAAACAACGCUGUUGGAAGAGAGCUGGCGUGAGUUGUUCCUCCUCGGCUGGGCCCAGCUCCUCCCAUUGACAGACCUGGCGAUCCUGGUCGCCAACUCGCCUAGGCUUCUCCAGGAAGCGGCGACUUUCCAGGACACCCUGGCCAAAUUGAGGUCGCUCGGGUUGGACCACCACGAGUUCGCCUGUCUCCGGGCUGUGAUACUGUUCAAAACAGCCCUCGAAGGAGAAGGGAAAUCUCUGGUUGACGUUGCCUCGAUCGCUGCGCUGCAGGAUCAGACCCAGGUGACCCUCAACAAAUACGUGUCUACGGCGUAUCCCGACCAGCCGUACAGGUUCGGCAAACUGCUGCUCCUUCUGCCAUCGCUGAGACUGGUCUCUGCCAACACGAUCGAAGAGAUGUUUUUCAGAAGAACAAUAGGGCCGAUCCCCAUCGAGAGGAUAAUCUGCGACAUGUACCGAUCGGCCGGAGCCAUAUGAAAAAUAUAAGGUCGUGUAUUAAACGUAAAAAAACAAAAAACAAAAACACAAUAUGUUUAAGUCCGAAUAAGAUCUCAGUUAUAACAUGUAUGUAAAUAAGAACAAGUAGAUUUAUUUUUGUGGAAAAUCCACUAUUCUGUCUGUACAUUUCUUCUGCAUUUAAAUGAUUUUAGAUAUACCAGACUUUAAAUGAUCUAAGUAAGAUUUAUAUUUUUUAUACCGUUUUAUAACAGUAACUGUGAUUUUUUUAUAUUCGAUUGUUUCAAUUGAACAGAGUUAAGAUUUUAUGUUAGUGCCUUCCUUGAGAUAGUGCAAUAAGUUGUACAU